AACACAAAAACGUAAACAAGUCCACGAAACCGCGUUUAAUUUGAAAAAAAUGCCUACUUUAUUUUCUAAUAAAUGUACGUGGAUUUUUUAAUUUGAAAUGCAUCGUGAUAUUCAUUUCGUUCCUAUUUUUCUCUCUAAUAACUAAUCAUUCCGCUAUAAUAAAAUUUUAGUCAUUUAACACAAUGGUUACUACGCGUUCCAAGUCGUCCAGAGGUGUCAGCUCAGAAACGACCGUUAAUGAUAGCUCAAUACUUUCUAACAGAUCAAUUAAUUCUAAAUCAAAAAAAGUGAAAAGUUCCAAGUCAAAUGAUGGCUACUCUAAUUUGAUAAUUUUCAUCUCAUUAUUACUGGAUUUGUUCGCGUUCACUAUAAUCCUUCCCAUACUCCCUCGUCUGCUGAAUUACUAUCAAGAAAAUGAUUCGGAAAAUGGAUUAUAUUCUACCUUACACAAGAGAAUUCUUCAGUUCCAGAAGAUUACUGGUAUUCCGGAGAAUGUCAAUGUCGUAUUGUUCGGAGGUGUCCUAGGUUCGAUGUUCUCCUUUUUACAGUUUUUAGCUUCGCCGAUUAUUGGAGCAUUCUCAGAUGUUUACGGCCGUAAAAAAAUCAUUUUGCUAUGCUUAGUGGGCUUAGCUUUAUCGUAUUUCUUAUGGGCAGUAUCGACGACUUUCUUGCUGUUCGUUAUAUCCAGAAUAAUCGCCGGUAUAAGUAAAGGAAAUCUUAGUUUAUCGAUGGCAGCAAUGACUGAUAUAUCUUCACCGGAAGAUCGUGGAUCUGGAAUGGCUCUGAUUGGUAGCGCUUUCUCUAUCGGAUUUGUAAUCGGACCUCUGAUCGGUGUACAAUUCACCAACCAGACUCCUUUCCAAAAACAGGACAUAUUAUGGUUCAUGCCAGCAGUUAUUGCAUUUGGCUUCAUCUUGGCUGAUAUUAUUUUCGUACUGCUGUUUUUCAAGGAAACUUUGGCCGAGCAAAAACGAAUGAAAUCGAUUGUAGAUAGUCUGCGACAAGCGUUCAGUUACAUUAAUCCCGUAGCUAUAUUCCGGUUCAGUCUAGUAAAAGGAGUCCCUGCAAAAGAUUUAAGAUUUCUGAGAACAUUGGGCGCUAUCUACUUUCUAUAUCUGUUUAUCUAUUCCGGGUUGGAAUUCACGCUGACGUUCAUUUUAUAUCACGAGUUCGAUAUGGAACCGAAACAAGUGGGUUUGAUAUAUUGUUGUAUCGGUAUCACGAUGGCUCUUCUACAAGGAGGCGGUGUAAGGAAAAUACCCGCUCAGUCGAUACGUAAAUUCGCUUUAUGGGGAUUGCUGUUGACUAUUCCUUCAUUCUUUUGCGUUGGAGUCGCUGGAAAAAAUGUUUAUAUAUUAUUGGCUGGUAUUUUCCUCUAUUCUGUCGCUACAUCGCUCGUGGUUCCAUGUAUGACUACAUUGGCGUCAAAACAUGGUACAGCUUCUCAAAAGGGAACAGUAUUGGGUGUUUUCAGAUCUCUAGGAUCUUUCGGUAGAGCUCUAGGACCACUUGUGACGUCGAUAGCUUAUUGGAGUUUGGGAUCACCAAUUACGUAUUGUGUCGGUGGUGGAUUGUUAUUGAUUCCGUUUUGUUUGAUGCAGUUCAAACUUGAAGGGAAAACGUAAUAUUUUAAUAUUCGUGUAUUCGAGAAUUUCUCUUUAUUUUCAACUUAUGUACGAUAAUUUAAGUAGUAGAAUAGAAUGGAGGAGAUUGGAAUUGUAAGCAACUCGGUUAUUCUCGUUUUAAAGACGUGAAAAAUACUCUAAAAACGCUCCAAAGUACUAAUUAUUCGUUCAAAAUUCUGCACCAGAGAAAUACGCCGGUGAAAAGGUGGGCUCUUGUCUCCUUUUGGAGAUAAGAAAUAGGAAAUUGUUGAUUUUGAUUCAGCUGUCUCAAGUGUUCGGAUUUGUAUUGCAAUUGAACUGGUUUUUGGCUCUGAUUUCAAGAUUACACCCAUUCUGUUUCUUCAAACAUGAACUUGAGAUUUUACGAUUGUAAAGUCAGACUGAAAUCAUCAAUUUACAGACCAAAGUCUUAAUAAUUUACUAGAUUAUGGUGAACUGGUACCAUAUGUUUUUUCAAAAAUAAUGAAUCAAAAUCAGCAAUUUUCACGUCUGCUAUUGCGUGCAAAAUGGACAUUAUCAAUUGGUAUUUUGGACCUUUCAAAGGUCAAGAUUCAUACCAUUCGCUGUUCAUGAACAAUCAAAACAAACAAAAAGGUUGAUCGAGUUCAUCUCAAACAUUCCAAAUGCACUCCUCGUUUUGUAAAUUGUAUUUUUGUGUAUUUAUUUAUUUGCAAGAGUUUGUUUUGUGAUACGGCCGAUUUUAGUGCCUUAAUCAUGUGAAUAUCACUUAAUCAAAUAGGGACUUAAUUUUAACGUGUUUUAUUAUUAUAUUAAUCGUAAGGACGUAAAAUAUUGAAUUGAUCUUCAUAAUUAUUGCAUUUUUAUCCUCUAGUUGAACUUCGUAAUAUUUUAUGUGUUGCAUUUUAAUGUCAAAUUUUAAUGAAAAUAACGUAGGUGGUCGAUGAAGUUAGUCAAAUCCUCUUUUGCUAGAUAUAGAAAAAUUAUCUCGUCGCUUUCCUUAGUAAAAGUGAAACUGUAAAUUUGAUGUUCAUUAUUCUUCAUUUGACUACCUUUUUCCAGCUGCGCUUCUAUGAUAUCAAAUAUUUUAAUUAGUUAUACUGUAUAAAGUGUAUUUUUUGUUGUUAUUGUUUUCUACAAGAAUUUUUUUAUACAGUAUUCCAAGAUUGUGUAAAUAAUGGCGCCUAGAGUACAUAAUAAUAUACGUACUAAGUUUCCAAAAAAUAUAGUUUUUAAGUAGGUACUAAGUACUUUAGCUAAUAAAAGGUGGCAGGAAGGGGUACGUUUUGUAAUUAUUUACAUUUUUAUUCACUCAGCACUAUUCUUCCUGCGCAUUAAUCUUAAGCAAAUACUUAAUAAGUGUGUUCUAUUUUUGAUUUUAUCUACAUAAUGAUCGCAUUUAUUCCGGUGGCGAAAUCAAAUUGUUCACGUUGCAUUUUAAAAUCGAAAUAUAUCAAAUUUUGUGUGUGUUCUCA